AUGGAAGGUUUCGAAAGUAUCACACAAUUCUCCUACGAAACACCCAACGCGUCUGGUUCUUGCUGGACCUGCUUGUCAGCCCAAAUCAGUUGCAGUUUCGAGCUUCCAGAGUGUCAACAAUGUGUCCUCGCGGGCAGAAUCUGUGCAGGAUACGCCAGGCGAUUACAGUGGCCUAAAAUCACUGGAACUACACGUAGGAGGGAUGCUGGUAAUACUCAAAGGCAACAUGAUGACAGCAGAAAAGGGAAGGAGCUUGUCCAACAAGCACACCGCGAGCAGUCAUGGUCUAUUCUCUCGUCCUUAUCUCCUUAUGGCGUCUCUAGCCGCGAAAGUCAUCUUUUGCAACAUUAUGCAAGCGAGUAUUCCCAAGUAUCUGAUUUCACCACGCCAGCUAACGGGUCCAACAUAGAGAAUAUGGCUAGAAUCGCUCUCGCUAUCGACUAUGACGGCAAUGUUCACCGUUCGUUCUUACCCAUGGCCAUGUCCCACAGAGCUCUCUUGAACGCAAUCUUUGCUGCUUCGUCGGCACACCUUAGCAGAUGGCAAAACAAAGCAGAUACUUCUUCGCAUCGAUACGCAAUCAAAGCCCUUGUAGAGCUCGAACAGAGUUUGCGCGAUCCCGUCGUAGCCUCCUCCGAAACGACCUUGGCCACGAUGCUUUGCCUAAUUGGCCUCGAGGUUGGAAACGGAUCCACCAAAUGGAGACAUCAUUAUCGAGGCCUCGAGGAAUGGCUUCGGUGGAAAGGAGACACUGCGAAGCUGGAUCCGUUUCUUAAAUCAUGGAUCCUCUUGGCGGCAUAUCAAGCCGCCAUGGUGUUUGGGGAAGAGCCUACCCCGGCCAUUCACGGAUGGCUCGAAGUGGAAGGCCAACUGGACGUCUCUCAAGAACAAGUUAUUGACCCUUUUUUGGGCUACUCGGUGAAACUACCGGGCCUGUUGCUGCGUGCUGCGUCACUGCAUAGAGCUCGGCGCAACUCGUCCAUGUCUGAGCACGCAAUCUCCCUUUCAGUUUCAAAGCUCCAACAGGAAAUCGAGUUAUGCAAAAUAGACUGCACUAAACCAAUUCUGCUGGCCAGCGCCUUCCAACCGGCCAAUCUCUCUACAGCUGCAAACACUUCCCUUUGUCAGACCGAUCUAUGGAAACGAGCGGCAGCGACGGCUGAGAUAUUCAGACACGCAGCCCACAUUUAUGUCCAUCGAGUGAACGCGAACCAGGGAGAGACGUUACCCGUUGACAUCCAAUAUUCGGUUGAUGAGAUCUUGAACCUGCUGACCCUUAUUCCUGAUACUCGAGGUCCCGGGUCUAAUCUGGCAUGGCCACUCUUUACGGUUGGCCUUGAGCUGAAUUCUCCCGAGCUUCGGGGUAUGGUGUUGGAUUGGUGGCAAAUCCUGCAUCUGCUUGGCAUGGAGUCAACCCGUAAAACGGAGCGUGUAUUGGUCGAGACUUGGAGACACCGUGAUGAAGCCAAGGAGGGCAGAGGAGUUGCUGCCAAUUGGCAAGAAGUCAUGCGAGGUCAGGAACAGAUGGUUGCCUAG